ACAAUUACAAAAAUCUUCACUUUAGGGGUUAGGGUUUUUCAGUGGGAAGAGAUUUGUGUUUGGAACGAACAAUCGAGAUCGAGAGAUGAGAGGGUUACGACUAUCAUUGAAUCAAACCCAGAAGAUUAGAUUGCAGAAAGCUCUGGAAACGCUCGAAUAUCUGUCUUCAAAGGCCAACUCUAACGCUACAGUCACUGUUGCCGAUACUAUCCCCGUCAACUAUGAAGACGGCGUCCUCAAGGGACAUGGAACAACAGAAAACGAUGGUGAAGUGGUCGCGACACUCUGUGGUGUGGUUGAACGAGUUAACAAACUCAUCUAUGUUCGCACUUUGAGGGCCAGGUACAAGCCUGAAAUUGGAGACAUUAUCGUAGGACGUGUUAUCGAGGUUGCUCCAAAGCGCUGGAGAUUGGAGAUAAAUUUUAGCCAAGAUGCAGUAUUAAUGCUUUCUUCAAUGAACUUACCUGAUGGCAUCCAGAGGCGGCGGACAGCAGUCGAUGAACUCAACAUGCGCAGUAUUUUUGAAGAGAACGAUGUCAUUUGUGCUGAAGUUCGUGGUUUCCAGCACGAUGGUAGUUUGCACCUGCAAGCAAGAAGCGAGAAGUAUGGGAAGAUUGAGAGGGGGCAGUUGCUUACCGUCGCCCCUUACCUAGUGAAGAGACGGAAACAGCAUUUCCACCACCUAGAACAGUAUGGGAUUGACCUCAUACUUGGCUGCAAUGGAUUCAUCUGGGUUGGUGAACACGUUGAAGCCAAAGAUGAUAUGAUAGAGGAUCGAGCGAGUAAAUCUGAGCAACAGAAUGCCAAAUCCAGUAAAUAUUCAAUGAGUCUUGAAGAGCAAGAAAAAACUUACACACCACUCGAGACUAGGCAAAACAUAUGCAGGACUGCAAAUGCUGUCCGCGUGUUGUCUAGUUUAGGCUUCAGUAUUACGGUAGAAGUGAUCAUUGAGACGGUUGAGUUGAGCAUUUCAUUAAAUCUUGACAUACAUGAGAUGCUUGGGGCGGAGUUCUGCGUUCUGGUCGCGGAGGGAGAGGCUGAACGGCGCCGUCGCUUGAUGAAAAAGAAGGGGUAAUCCUUGCCUCAAUUUUAUUUUAUUUUUGGAGGUAAAUUGCAGGCAGUGAGGGUUUGUUGUCUGAGUAGAUGGGAUGGUUUGUAAUAUCAAUAUUAUUGUUUGUCCUUCAAAUCAUCAUUCUAUUGUGAGAUAAUAAUUUGUUAAUGUAAAAAUAUUUUGGUUGAUUAGUUGAUUACCCGAUGAAAUAGAUUGCAAAUCA